AUGAACAGCUCUGGUGAGCGAGGCGGAGUAGGGGAGGCAGACGUCGAGGAUGGACUCGGCGGCGAAGAGACGGAGAGGGCCGGAAGAGACAGGGCGAGAGACGGUGCGUCUGAGGCGGGCGUCAGCCGGAGCGAAGAGGGGGGGAAAGAGGAACUCGGCGAAGACGCGAUGGGCGCAACGGAGGUUGCGCAGAAACGCAGAAACGAGGAGGAAGAAGCGAGGACACGCCAGGGAGAAGGAGACAGAGGAGAUGGGCAGACGGCGAGAGGUGAUGCGGAAUCACGCAGAGACGGGGAGCGCGAAGAGAGUGGAGAGGGCGGCCCUGUCAGGGGAGCGCGUAAGGAGGGAGGACGAAACGCGAAGCGCGCAACAGCGGCUGGAGAGGACAGAGACGCAGAGAUGGAUGCGCGGGCACACAGAGAAGAAGAGAGGAAAGAAGCAGACGUGCAAAGACUCGAGAGGAUCCUCCGACAAGCGGCUGAUCCAGAUGGCCUGGUCGAGGCGAUGGUGGAGGUUGACGGCGGCCUCAGGAUUCGACGGGCGUUCACACUUUCGGAGCUUUUUCGGCGGAACGAAACUGGAAAGGCGCGUCGCUCGGGCGGGAGGCAGAAGCGAGAGAAGGCGGCGACUGCUCGCAAACGAACAGCAGAGACAGCUGGGUUGGUCGCCCAAGAAGGCUGUCGCAAAGCAGACGGCGUGAGAGGACGCGCCGGCACAGGAGGGGGAGGACUGGAUCGGAGGAAGAGAGGAGAGACGAGAGGGGAAGCGGGAAACGAAGAGGAAGACGAGUGGAUCCCGAUUGAUGAAGGCAUUUUUGUAAAAAGGAGACGCGUGACGUCAAGAGACUCGCCAGACUCUCCCCUUGGUCCGUCGUCGUCUUCGCGUUCCUCCUCGCGGUCUUCCGUUUCUCUGUCUUCUGUGGGCCGCGACAAAAGAAUCGGAGCGCGAGGCAGAGCAAAGCGUGCGUGGCAGUCCUCGUCGCGCGAACAGCCCGAGGCGAAGGCGCCUGGAGGCGACAGGGAAGAAGCUGGAGAAAGCAGAGAAGGCAGGCACAUGAAACAAGAAGAGACGACAGGGGCAGGAGGCGUGAGCGAACCUCGGAGAGGGCGACCAAGAGGCGAGAGCCCGCGAGACAGGUCGACGCCGGGAGGGCGAAGCGGGAGAAAAGAGCCGUCUCUCGUCGCGUCUCCCGAAGCAUGCCGGGACGUGCACGACGGCGGAAAGGGAGGAAGCGCCGCGCAGGUUGGAGACACCGCGGCGAUGCACGAGAGGGACCCUUCGGAUCCGGGAGCAGCGUGCAAAGAAGAGAAGCCGAGACGCAGCAAGAGGCGGUUAAUCAGGCCGAGGCGUGCCUCCGACAGCAAAGAAGACGGUGGAGAGAGAGGACGAGAGGAGGCAGAAGACGGAGACGGCCGAGGCGAAGCCGCUGCGACGGAUAUAAGGAGAGAGGAGAAGGGUGUUGACCCUGCGGAAGUGGAGAGUUGCGCGUCGGCCUUUGCCAGUGCGAGAGGAGGGAGGGAACGCGGCAAGGCGAGCGACGAGGCCGCGGAAGAGGGAGAUCUCAGCUUGGCAGGAAACCGGAAAGGACGCCCGGAACGCGGCAAGAUGGAAGACAAAGGAAACAGAUUGCGCGGAGUUUGCCUGCGUCUGCUGUCAAGUUCGCAGAUGCGCCUGCUUCUCCAGAGCGUCCCGACCGAAGAAUUGGAGCUGCACGGAUUCCUCUCCUCGGCGCGCUUCCUCGCCACUCCCGCAGCGGAGUCAGGAAGGCGACGGCGAGGACGGGGAGGCGAACGUAGAGCCGAAGGAAAAACGCCAAACAAGGACAGAAGCGAAGAAGGUGUCUCCAACGAGAGGCAAGAGGUGCACAAAGGAGAGGCAGAAGAACAGGAAGACGUGAAAGAAGAAAGAAAGAAAGGUCCGCAUGGCAGCCAGGAAACAGAGGACGGAAGAGGGCAAGACACGCGAAACACCAGAGCGAAUAAAGAGAAAGAAGAAGGUGACAAGGAUGGCACCGAGGGAGACGGGGGAGGUCCCCUUGCGACUGGCGAGACGGAUGCCGAACCUGACACAGAGGAGGUUCAGUCAGUUGCGAGAACGCGAGAAGCCAGCUCGUCCGUGAAAGACGCAAGGGAGGCGAUGAAGUCGCCCCGAAAACAAGACGAAUCGCGAGGCGGAUGGUCACGAGCUGCCGCCGACGCAAAGAAACUCUGGAUAGACUCUCUGCUCAGACCGAAAAUGGCAGCCAUCGCCGCGCAUCUCCUCGAAGCGAACGGAAGAGACGCGGAUCUCUUCGCCUGCAAUCUGCACGACUCUCCGUUCCUCUCCGCGGUUGCAACCGGAGGGCACUCGCCAGUCGCUGUCUCGCCAAGAGCCGACGAGGAGAGCGACGAGGAGGCGAGUUUCACCGCACGCAAGGCAGGCCAGCGCCGCGCGGAAGGCGGUGCGGAAGACGUGUCUCUCCUCGUAUGGCUCUUAAGGGAGUUUCUCUCUACGGGCGACGUCUGCCGGCUGAUGGCGACGUGCACCCUGCUUCAUCAGCCCAAGUCCGCGAAUCGUUGA